AUGAUGGCUACUAAGAGACGGCUAUACGGAUAUAUAACUCCCAGAUCGAAAGCUACAAAUCGCGAUAUAUCCAAUCGACAAUUGAGAGCAACGCCUGCGAACGAUGUACCAGCUUUGCCAUAUUCCACUGAGUACAAUGGCAAAAGUUAUCAAAUCUUGAUUUCCGAGCCUGAAGAACAAGAUCUUGUGGCGGAUGGCCCGGUAGCAAACCUGAAUGAUCAAUUACUUAAACCUAUACCCCUAAACCUCGAGGAUAAACUAGGAUGGGGCAAUCGUCGCAAGAAGACAUUGCGCCGUGUGGAAGCGAGGAAAUGGGAGACUAGAUCCAACACCCUCUGGAGAUUAUGGAAAAUAUUAGCGACUACAUAUAAAACUUUCCGAGGUCUAUCAAGAUCGAUUCGAAAUCAAUGGGCUGCUGUUCCGAUGAUUUUGCGGGGCCUCCGAGCUACUACGUUAACGAUAUUAAGAAUCCCCUGGCAUACCUUCUCACACCCGUUUCGCAAACAAAGAACGCCACACCCCAUACCGGUACAUCUAGAGAAGAGACUAAGGACCGAGUCCAAGAAUGGGAAGAUGGUUAUUUUUCUUUUGAUUAUGACAUCUUCGUUUUGGUCAACGGCAUUCCCAAUCGCUACGAUGGAAAUACUCUUUUUGAUUGGGUUAUCCUGCGUACCGAUCGGGAUACUUGCCGCUGCUCGGAGAUAUUGGAAAGGUACUUUAGGAGUUUUUGCUCAGUGGAAAGGUACUGUUAGUUAUUUGGCUAUUGUUGGAUUUGUUAUGGUGCUGAAAAUGCUAUGGAUUAUUGAAGCUGCUGAGGCUAUCUAUACUGAUAGACACCGAUGCCACUACUUCAAGGGGUUGAGAUAG